AUGCCGCGGGCCAGUGCGAGUGACGUCUACGCAGAGCUAUUGUGGUCUAAGGACCGUGGCCACCCCUUGUGGGAUCCGGAGCUUGCGCCAGGAGGCGAAGUGCGCCUCGGCGAUGUUGGCUUUAUUCGCGAGGGUGCCUUUCAUCGGCUGUUCAACGCAUAUCCUCACGAGUUGUGGGCUAGCGCAUUCGGUCACACUGACCAGGAGAGCGAAGUGAAUCCUUUUGGUGUGCCGGAGGGGUUCGAACCAUUCAGCUCGAGGGGGAGAGACAACUUCGGGUACAGGCCGCGCUCUCCGGGUCUAUGCCAUUCUCGUAUGAGCACAGACGUUACGGUAACGAAUCUGUGUCGCCCAAGUUUUGGCGGAAUGUUACCAAUGAUUGAUACAGGAGUGUUGUCACUCGAGUACAAUGGAAACCAGCAUGGUGCAGCUCUUCUCAUUGAAGCUGGGGAUAGCAAAUUCGUGAAAUUCACUCGUAGACUCUCUGACUACAUGAAGAAGAACCACGACAGCUGGGUUCUAUUUGCCAAUGACACCAUGGAUAUAGACAUGGCAUCGGAGGACAUUGUUCUUGUGAUUGGAUGGGGGAAGACAGCAAGAUGGGCUACGGUUGUGAUGGAUGAGGGAGCACCUCCCCUGAUAUUUACAGGAGCAUUUGGCUGUCCUGAAGCUUUUCGUUCUUCAGAGUCUGCAAUCACUCACUCAAACCUCAAGUACAAGUCAGGUCCACGUCUAGCUGUUGAUCCUCCACAGUCAUUGGAUGAUCCCAUGUGGAAGCAUAAUCAAUGCAUAUUUGUGGACUACCUUAAAGUGCGACGACGUGGUCUCCUGAAGCAAGUGAUAAAAGCUGCUGCCAAACCAAGAGAUUCAUCUAAUCCCAGAGACAAUGACAGUAAUGUCUUAGAAAGCAAACAGCCAUUUGAUCCGGCAGGAUAUGUCCUUGAUUACAUUUUGAAGCAUUCUGAAGCGGAGAUGGCCAUAGCAAGUAGUUUAGACAUACAUAUGCUGUGCAAGGAUGAAGAGAUCCCAGACAACAUCCCAGAGUUUCUAGAGCAAGUUCAACCUGUAAUUGAGCUUACUGAGGAUGGUCUUGGCAUUCUGUCUCUUCAUAAAUAUAUGCUGCAUGAUUUGGAGAUCAGUGCUACCAUUCCUCCAGAAGGGGUCCCGAUGUCUGCAGUUGAUGUGAAAGGCCAUGAUAACACAACUGGCAGACAGUCUGCCUUAGAAGAACAUCAAGAUGGCAAUCUUCUCCUAAAUCAUGAUGAUGGUGGAGACUAUGAUACCUCCACAAAGGAGGAUAUAAUGACCUGCGGAAAAGGCUCUUCACUGGUUCUGCAGACUGAAGAUAACAUGGAUGAAACUCCUUCCCACUUGCCUCACAUGGGUUUGCAUUUGCUGCAGAGUGUUACAUGCAAAUCUAGUCUGAACUAUCCAGUGAUGACACAUCAUAUGUUCUCUGCAGAUUUACAGGAGACACAUACACUCUUGCCUUCUCAACCAACAGUUCUCGCAUUGUAA